AUGUACAGGGAAAAGACAACAAAGUCUUCGGGAGCAGCAAUUGGCGAAAUCAAAGAAGUCAGAGCAACUGUGACCGAUGACAGUUUAGAAAUGGAAAUUGACCUGAUGUUCGACAAUUUGAUUUUCGAAGGAAAUUAUAAAUUUGAUGGAGGCGUCAACCUGUUCCAAAUACACACGAAAGGAUUCUUCAACAUCAGCAUGGAGGGUGUAAGUACAACUUGGGCCGUAAAAGGUGAACUUGAAGAACGUGAUGGUGAAAAGUAUAUGGUUAUUAAGGAAGCUGAUAUGUCGCCAGUUCCUUCAAAUGUUAAUAUUUAUGCCACAAAUAUUUUCCCUGAUAAAGCAGUCAAUGACGCUUUCCUAGUGACCAUGAAUCAAAACUGGCGCUCCUUAUACAAAGAGGCGCUCCCAUAUUGA